AUGACGCGCAGGAGCGUAUACACCGUGGGCCUGCUGUUCACGCUGGUCUGCACUGCGAUGACAGUUGCCAGCAUCGCCAUGCCGCGAUGGGUGUCUUACCGUCCUAACGGUGAAAGAGAAUAUUCAUACGGUCUCCACUCACGCUGCUCCACGAAAACAGGGCACUGCGUCCCUUUUCCCCGUACCACAGACUGCGACAAAGAUGCCUCCUUCUGCAACAUGUGGCGCACUGUUGGGUUCCUGAUGAGCUUCGGCGUGGUAGUGGAGCUGUGCACGCUGGUCAGCUUUGUUGUCAUCGUAGCAGGCGGCGUACAAAGAAGAGUGCAGGGAUGGAGCGUAGUAGUAGGAGUAUUGGUAUUCAGCGCCAUCAUCCAAGGCGCUGGUAUGGCCAUCGUGUCAUACGUCUUCGACCACGACGCCAGAUUCUUCUCCGGCUUCGUCCUCGAUUCCUCCUGGUCUAUGUGCACCGCCUCUUUCUCGCUGCUCGUCCUCACAGCCCUCGGCAUCACCGCCAGCGCAUACUAUCUGCCCGUCGAGGGCGACUAUGAGCUCAUCCCCGAAAUGGACAUUGAGCCCGAUGACCAGCUCCUCUCCCGCGUCGCAGCCUGGGACAACGGCUACAAGCACAUCGGCUUCCAGUACCAGAAUGAGCCACCUGAACGAGACCCCGAUAUGAUGAGCAUUGCGUCCUUCCAAAGCAGACAGAGCAUUUCGAAUUCUGUGCGCAGUCCCUCGAUGUCGAGGCCCCAGCGGUAG